AUGAGCGUUCUCAUGAACACUUCUCUCGGAGAGUUUGUGGUGGAUUUGUGGGUGGAAGAGUGUCCGAUUGCGUGUUUUAAUUUUCUUUCGUUAUGUAAAAUUAAAUACUAUAAUAAUUGUAAAGUAUUUCAUGUGGAAAAGAAUGCUUGGUUUCAGAGUGGAGAUCCAACAAAUUCGGGUAAAGGAGGACAUUCUAUUUUUCAUUUAGUUGAAGAAUAUAAGAGCAAGGAUUCCGAUCGGAAUAAAUUAUUGGUGAAGGAAAAAGAAAUUUAUUUUAAUGAUGAAAUUAAUGUUCGGAAAAAACAUAAUCAAGAGGGAUUAUUGUGUAUGGCUAAUAAGGAACAGCCUAAUACCAAUGCAAGUCAAUUCUAUAUUACAACAACGAACAGACAUUUAGAUUAUCUUGAUGGAACACAUACAAUUUUUGGGCGUGUAGAAGAAGGUAUUGAUGUGAUACAUGCUAUUGAUAAACUAUACACAGAGAAAAAAGGUGACCUUGAAGUACCAAUUCAAACAGUGAGAAUAAGACAUGCACAAAUUCUGUUUGAUCCAUUUGAGGAAGAGGAAGCGCUGAAAAAACAAUUCGAAUCGUUCUACAAGUAUGUGCAAAUGAUGAUUCCAGACAAGAGUCCACCUUCCAUACAUGAUGAUGAAAUUAUUGCCAUUCCUCAAAAAGUUCUCAAUGAAGAGGUAGAAACAAAGGAAGACUAUGAGUCAAAAAAAGAGAGAGAAGCCAAAUCAAGAGCAGUUGUAUUAGAAAUGAUUGGUGACUUGCCCGAUGCUGAAGUGACACCUCCAGAGAAUGUCCUUUUUGUUUGUAAGCUAAACCCUAUCACAACCGAUAAGAGUUUGAGAUUGAUUUUCUCUCAAUUUGGAAAAAUUAACAAGUGUGAAGUUGUGCGAAAUAAGGUGACAGGAAAAAGCAAAACAUAUGCAUUCAUUGAGUUUGACUCUAGUGAGGCAUGUGAAAAUGCAUACCUGAAAAUGGAGAAUGUGACUAUUGAUGAUUCCAGAAUACAUGUCGAUUUUUCUCAAUCUGUGGCCAAAUUGUGGUGGCAAAAUGAAAAGGAGAAGAAGGAACAUCAUGCUCCCUCUUCAACGAUACCACCUGAAACAACAACUACUGUGCAACAGCAUAAUAAUGAGCGCAGACUAGGUGGCGAGCGUAGACUCGAUGCUAGACCAAGUACCCCUCCCACACGCGCAAAUAACCAAGAUCGACACAAAGACAGUCACAAUCGAAAUUAUGGUCAUUACAACAGAUACCAUAAUUAUGAUCAACGACCUCAUCACGGUGCACCACCAAGAGGACAAGACUCAAGAAGAGAGGCAUAUGAUUCACACCACAAGCGAAAACAAUACGACUCGCACCAAGAAGACAAUCGAGAUUAUUCCAAAAAGAAUAAACGAUAA